UGUAGUUUAGAUAUCGUAAGUAGUCAAUUCUUCUGUUUUACUUUUGUUACUUGUUUUAAUUUCAGAAACAGCGAAAUUAGUCAAGCUUUUAAUUUAACAUCCAACUAACUAUGGAGUAAAUAUCACAACUGAUUUAGAACGUGUUUCUAUCUUAAUAUUGUAAGAUUAUAUAUACCAUUCAACAUAUGACAUGUUGAGAAUGACCGACUAGAAGACAAUAAUUCAAACAAUGACAGUAACUAUGUCGCUAGAAUACAGGCCGGCCUUGCGGAGCCCUUCGGCCACGCACGAGGCUACCGAAGUCCGGGUCCACUCCGAACAAGCUCAGCCAACCGAUCUCCGCACAAGAAAGUCGGCUUCUCGCAGCUCAGCUCCGUCCUUUCUCAUCCGGAACCUCAUAUCUUCCGAAAAGGCUUCUUCUCAGCUUAACCAGUCAAAAAGUGACCAUUGUUCUUCUCCAAAUCAUGGGUCUUCACGAGGAGACUACUCACCAGAAGAGCGGGAUUUAUCGGAGACAGGUAGCAUAGAGGAUGCUGGAACUAGAUCAGACGACAACUUCACUCCUUCUCGAGAUAACAUAUCAGAGAAGAAGCUUCGAAAAGCAAGAACAGCUUUUACAGAUCUUCAACUACGAACUCUGGAAAAAAGCUUCGAACAUCAAAAGUAUCUCAGUGUCCAGGAUCGAAUGGAACUUGCCUCUAAACUUAAUCUAACAGACACUCAAGUGAAGACGUGGUACCAAAACAGAAGAACAAAGUGGAAAAGACAAGCAAUGAUGGGAUUAGAAAUUGUUCCACCAGAUGGCAGUAGACUUUCAACCUUCCCUUCUCUGUUAGGACCCCCAUUUAGCUACUGGCCUUACAGCUACAGUAGUUACCUAUCCACUAUGUCAUCACUAUCUGGAAUGAGUAAUGGACAGUUGACCUCGGCUAGUGGUCUACCUUCUUUUGAUUUCUACCAGAGACAAGGUCAGCUUCUAACAAAUUAUCGCCCAGUUUUGUCUCGUCCUAUGUACCCAGACUUGAACCCUUAUCAGUCACUUUCAGCAUUAAUUCAAAGACAACCACCACCAUAACAAGGUUUUAAAACAUUUGGCGUAAUCUUCGCUAGUUCUGGAAAAAGAAACAUGAAAUUGGAAGUGGACUUUUGUUAUGAAAAGUUUUACCAUUAAUAAUCAAAUAACGAUUGGACGUUCAUUUUCUUUUUCCUGUUGGAAAAAAACAAGUCCCCUAAAGAAUUAUAUUGUGAUUUGUUUAUUUGACACAAACCUUCGAUCGGGUACAUAAUUGUUAUCUCAUUAUUCCAGCUAACUUUUCAUAUACAGCAUUAUAUCUGCUGGUUAGUCACGCAAGCCUUUGUUAACACGAACUACAUUUCCUGAAAGGCCUAGAGAAAAAUUACAUUAACAAAUUAUCCUUGAAAACAUUCCGUAACCUUCUGUUACGACGAAUUAAAUAAAGGCCUAGUGAGAAUUACGAUCAGUUGAUUAUUCUUCAAAACCUUCCUUUUAACACGACUGAAAUUUCCGAAAAGCUUCAGUGAAGAGAACAAGAUCCAAGUGGUUAUUCUACAAACUAACAAUUAUAUAUGUAUAAAUGACAACACGGUUUUUGUGUUUUAAUAUCAUUUGUUCUCCUUUUACAGUAGGUGAUGGGAACGGUCGAAUAUAUUAGAAAUUUUAUUGAAUCUUCAAACUUGCGCCUGAAGUAAAAUUGUCUUCACUUCUCGAAAUGGUUUGUUUUAUCGACUCGCUAACUCAUAGUGGUUGUUUUUCAUCGCCUAUGAAACUUUACCUUUGUCAAAUCAGAGUGUUCCAGAUUUUAGAGGUUUCUCGAAGACAUUCUGGAUAUCUGGUCUCUUUUAAGGACAAUUUCAAGCAGUUACCUAACGGGAAAAAUGGACAUGGGAUAUGGCUUGAGCUUCACCAAAGAACUGUUCAAAAUUUUCAAUUUGGCAGAAGGCGUACGUCUUCUAAACGAUGUGUACAUUUAUGUUUUCGUAGAUGGUCGGGUUAGAGAAUUUAUUGAACUAAAUAGAAGGCUAAAUCUGUUUGGUUCUUUUGACAAUCAAAAUGUUUGAGAAAAGUAAUACUAUUAUAAGUUACUAAAUAAUACAAUAUGAAAAUGAGAGAGAGAGAGAGUUAAAAAACAAAGUUUUGAAAGUUCUCUUUCUCAUAUAUCGUUAAUUACAUCCAUGCUCCCACUUGUGUCGUGUUACAGACUCACAUCCAAGUUUGAAACAAAAUUCCUCUUACGUCAUGUUAUAGGCUUACAUCUGAACUCCUUCUCACGUCGUCUUACACACUUAUUUCUAAGCUCCCCCUCACGUCAUGUUACAGACUUACAUCCAAUCUCUAAAUCAAGCACUGGUUCUUGAACGGGAAUCAGGAAAUCUGCACGUAAUGGAUACUUUCAUGAUACGCAGUCAUGCGAGAGGUCCCUCAGCACAAAGAUGCACUCUGCCAUCAAUAUUAUAUACUCUUAAUUAUUAUAUAAAACAGUAAUUUUUUUUUGUUAAUCAAGGCAACUUUACUAAAUUUAUAGAAUUUUUAUUCGUUAACUUCCUUUGUGUGUGCGAGAAGAUGCGGCAACCGAGAUCUAACCCAGCAGGCGUUUGUUCGUCGGCAACUUUGGCGCUGUUGUCUAGCCUAAUUAACCCAGAGCCCGACUACGUGCAGACCACCGGUAAGAUCCUUUCUUUCUCGUUGUAAAUCAUUUUGCUUAACUUUAUUUGGCUGCAAACUUUCCCGUAGGCUGACUAAGACGUCGAGAGAAGAGAAUAGUCUGAACAAAGUAUGAGGGAAACAUUUUCACAGACAAGAAUCGUAGCGAUGUCAAAUCUGACCUUCGUCCGUGUAACUGCCUUUCCCAGCCGCCGCCGGCAAGUGACUGUGUAUAAAUCGCUCGGCCUUUCAUGAGAUUGCUCUACCAUCCGGUUAGUCGAGUCUGCAGUUCCUAUUCUUUGUAAUUACAAAGGUUUACUCUCUGUCAAACGUAAUUAAACGUCUCAACAGCUACUGCAAUGAUGAAGCAACGUGAGUCACGCUGGAACACUUUACGUUUAGGUCAAAGAGUUUCACUAAAGCUCAACUUUUACAGUCAGUCAAAGGACAAAGUUCAACCCUUCUACUUUCAUAAGGGUUAUAAACUGUAUGAUUUACUUCUGACUGCAUGUGUUAGUCUUCACACGCCGACUUUCUGUAUAACUGUGGUGAGAAACAUCUCUCGUCAUUCCUAAACUUUCGAAUAUUAAUAAAGCUUAAUCAGCUAAAGUUGAUCAUUGGUUAAUAAUACAGGGGGAAAACCUCACUGUUAUUGUACUUGAAUUGUCAACAUAAAAAAUAAACAAUAUUGAAUCAUUCUAA